CUUUCUUCAUGUCAAAGGAUAACAGCGAUCAACACGACGGGCCAGGCCUGACUGACGCUGACAAGAUCCGGCUCAAACGCCUGGCCAGAUUACAAGGCCCUGACCGAAUACCUCCUUCCUCGUCUUCUCCUUCCCUUACCCCCUCAACCCAAAGCACUUCCGCGGUCGUCGUCCCGAGAAGUGAACCUGCAGCUCAAGACUCGAUUAGUCUCUCGGUCCGUGCCGAGCAGCAAAGUCUCGAUGAUCCGGGAAUCGUUCGGGCGAGCACUCCUUCGAAAGCAAUGUCCUCGGUUUACGCCGUCCACCCACCUAUCCGAGAAGACGGUCCACGAGCCAAGAUGCGGAGCACUUCGACUAUCCCACCUUCAUAUGAGCCCUGGGAGAACUCUCAAAUAGCCAUCAUUUUCCAAGUCACACUAGAGAGUACGAUUGCUCAGCAGAGUGAUUGGCGCUUGUGCUGGCUCAAGGACCUCGCAGACGAGCUGCGGGAAGAAGGCGCUCCUGUGCUCACAAGUACUGGAAUUCUUGACCGCCUGCUGAUCUCUCGCCUCUCUCUCGAUCCCAAAAUCAUGGCCAGAUCUGACGACCCUGACAUCAUCAAUGUUCUCGCGGGGAUGGUACAGGAUGAGACCGUCUUCGAAUAUCUCACUGGUUGCUGGAAGCGACUGCAUGCGGCAAAUAGGGAAGUCUCUCGACUGAAUUUCACCUCGAGUGAGAAGGAACGGUGGAGAAUCACUUCCGACAAGACUCGUAACCUGCUACUGUCAUACUGUGGUAUGACUCUAGAGGAUCCUUCUAUGUUUCCACAACCUGACACCAAACCCACUGGACCCGCUGAAUUCCUGCCCAUUCUCCUGGCGCUUACCCCCUCGGGACCGGGUACCACGCCGAGCGACCACUCAUCAGCCCACAUUUCUCACAAUGCCUUAGGACCGUCCGAUCUUUUACCGUUCCUCAAUGAUAUGGCUCUUGUCGCUGAGCAAGCAAUAUCCGAGAUCAUCACACCAACUCUAAGUUUAUUCUUCCAAGAGUGGUUCAAAUUACCCCGGCCAGACAUUUUAGGAGAUGAAUGGAGGCGCUAUCUUGGGGCAGUUGUUACUCUCGUCCUUGUCAAACCUAUCGCCGCCUGUCUCCCAUUUCUGAGUAUUUGGAUGGCCUCUGGCGUCACGCCGGAGAAGGUCGAAUGGCAGUCUUUACUUGGACCACUGACCCGCCUCAGUGUGUAUCCACGGGAAUUUCCCCAGAUUUGGAAGCUGAAUUUUUCGAAUCCGACCAAUCGCAAAAGAGCCGACAUCGACGCUAACAAGAGCAAUUUACGGCACACUCUAAAUUCGUUGCAAAACUCAUUGUUUACCAUUUACAACAGUAUCAUUCGAGCCUCACCUGCCGCUCGCGAAGAAGUUCUUCACUUUUUUGGACUCGUGGCUCGACUGAAUCAGAAGCGUGCGGGGAUGCAAGUUGACUACCGAAACGUAUCAUCGGACGGCUUUAUGACGAAUCUGCAUUACGUCCUAUUGAAGCUCUUUGAGCCUGCUAUGGACGUGCGAUAUUCGAAAAUCGACAAGGUUGAUCCGGAAUACCUCCGUUCCUCAAAGCUGGUGGACAUUGGCGACGAGACGAAGAUCCGCGCCUCGAAAGAAGAAGCCGACGAAUAUUACUCUAUUUCAGUCGAAAAGUCAUCCAAUUUCAUCACCGAAGUGUUCUACCUGUGCAAUGUGUUUCAGCAUCUCGGUAUCGUGAAGACCAUAGCUCAGCGUGGCAAAGCUGAGCGGAAUAUGAUCGAUAUCGAGAAGCAGCUCAAACAGUCAGAAGCUUCACGUGCAGAAUGGACGGGCAACCCGGCCCUCGAAGCACAAGGAGAGGCUGCCAUCGCCAAGCUCAAGGCCGAUCUGGCCAUCCUUCACGCCUCGCUACAUGCGUACGAUACUCAACUUUUGGAUCCCGUCUUUUAUCGGCUAAACCUGACCUUCCUCGGCUUCAUGAUGACCUGGCUCGUCCGGCUCGUCGAUCCGCAUCGCCAUCACCCAUCACCGACUAUCACUUUGCCUUUAUCCUCUGAGGCCCCUCAACAGUUCCGUAUGCUUCCUGAAUACUUUUUUGACAACGUUGUCGAAUAUUGUGACUUCCUAUCACGUUACGAUCCUAACGCUUUCGACUCCUCCGAUAAAGACACCUUUAUCACGUUCGCAAUCACUUUCUUGUCCCCCGGCUACGUCAAUAAUCCCUUUCUCAAAGCCAAACUGGUAUCAGUGCUAGCGCAUGGACUGUAUCCCGUGGGGUAUUGGAGAAAAGGCCCAAUGUUCGACCGCCUCAGUUAUCAUCCUCUUUCAACACAGUACCUCAUGCCCACGCUGAUUCGCUUCUUCAUCGAUGUAGAGAUGACGGGUGGACACACCCAGUUUUGGGAUAAGUUCAAUUUCCGCCGCGACAUCAGUCGCAUAGUCAAAUCCAUGUGGGAGAAUCCUUUGCAUCGCGAGGCGUUUGUACAAUCUCGAAAGGACGACUUUGACCAAUUCAUCAAGUUCAUCAACAUGCUGAUGAGCGAUACCACUUUUCAUCUCGAAGAGUCUUUAACAAACCUUGCUAAAAUCAAUCAUAUUGAGAGUUUGAAAGCCAAUGCUGCCGAGUGGGACGACCGCCCUGAGACGGAGCGUAGCGAUCUUGCUCAACAACUGCGCCAAGCGGAAUCCAGCGCCCCUUUCCACACUCAAAUGGGGCUUGACCAUGUCAAGCUCAUACGCGACUUCACCGCCACGACCAAGGAACCUUUUGUCACAGCAGAAAUCGUCGACCGGUUAGCCGCCACUUUAGACGAGAAUGUUGUCAUGCUUGUGGGUCCUAAAAUGCAAGAUCUUCGAGUGGCAGAUCCCGAUCGUUUCUCAUUCAAGCCCAAAGAGCUCCUGGCCGCCAUCGCUCAGAUCUAUCUCAACUUAGCUGGGGAGGCAGACUUCAUCAGAGCUGUUGCCAACGACGGACGAAGCUACUCGAAAGAGUUGUUUGAGAGAUUCGCUCGGAUCCUCAAGAAUCGGGCCAUCAUGACUGACGCAGAAGUGGCAGAGGUAAUCUCUUUUACCCAGAAAGUGGAGGAUAUGAGAGCGACUGUUAUGAUGGAGGACGAGAGGGACAUUCCAGAUGAAUUUUUAGACCCUCUUUUAUCGACUCUCAUGAAAGAUCCUGUCAUCCUCCCAGUCUCUCGCGUGGUCAUCGAUCGAAGUACGAUUCGUACCGUCCUCUUGUCCAAGGAGUUGGAUCCUUUCAACAACAUGCCUCUCAAAUUGGAAGAUUGCAUUCCCGAUACCGAACUGAAAGCCAAGAUUGAUGCCUGGUCAGCUGACACUGCUGUCAAACGCUCUGAUGUAAUGGAAGUUGACGACUUGUAAAUGUAGAUGCAUGUGAACACUCAAGGAUCU